AAUUGCUACGUCUUCAAUGGCGCUUGCAAGAAGCUGCUACAGCAACAAUGGUGGGCUUCUUGUCUUAGUGGUUCUUCUCUCUGCAUUAGGCCUAACUCCUACAGCCAAUGCAGCUUCAGAUUGGGUAAACCAUGGGAAAGAUCUAUAUAACAGCAGAUAUGCAUCAGAAGAGGUUGUGAUAAGCCCAGGAAGUGUUAAGAAAAUGGAGUUGAAAUGGCAAUUCUUUGCAAAAAGUGUAAGUGCAACACCUUCCAUAUUUAAUGGGACACUCUAUUUCCCAAGCUGGGAUGGAAAUAUAUAUGCACUUAAAGAGAGUGAUGGAUCUGUGGUGUGGGAGAGGAACGUUGGUGAGCUUACUGGACUUAACGGAACAGGUAUUACCGGGUCGAGUGUGUCGUUCGCCAGAGCUACCCCGACAGUCACCGGAGACCUUCUCAUUAUCGGAAUUUAUGGUCCUGCUGUUGUUAUUGCGGUUGAAAGAGCAACUGGUGAUCUGGUCUGGUCAAUUAAGCUUGAUAGCCAUCCAACAGGUCUUAUUACCAUGUCUGGGACAGUAUACAAUGGAUCUUUCUAUGUGGGAACAUCUUCAUUAGAAGAAGCCCUAAAUGCCAGCCAAUGCUGCACUUUCCGAGGUAGCCUGUCCAAAUUAGACAUCCAAAUAGGCACAAUAUCAUGGCAAACCUAUACUCUACCAGACAAUGGUGGUCAAUUGGGAGGCUAUGCAGGAGCUUCAAUAUGGGGAAGUAGUCCCUCCAUUGAUGUAAUCAGAAACCAUGUUUAUGUUGCAACUGGAAAUCUCUACUCUGCUCCACAAUAUGUAAAGGAUUGCCAAGCAGAAGAGAAUAUCCAAACAACCCCAACUCAGUCAGACAAGUGCAUUGAGCCAAGCAACCAUGAAAAUUCCUUCUUGGCCUUUGAUAUGGACAUAGGAAACAUCACAUGGUAUAGGCAACUAGGUGGGUAUGGCAUAUGGUUCUAUGCUUGCAACAAUCUUUCAACACCCAACUGCCCACCUGAUCCAAACCCAGAUGCUGAUUUUGGUGAGGCACCCAUGAUGCUCACCAUAUUUGUCAAUGGAACUAAAUGUGAUAUUGUAGCUGCUGUGCAGAAAAGUGGUUAUGCUUGGGCUUUGGACCGUGACACCACUGACCUCAUCUGGGGUACUUUUGCUGGACCAGGUAGCUAUCUUGGAGGAGGAACCUGGGGAGCAGCCACAGAUGGUUUGAGGGUAUACACAAACAUUGACAACGGUAAUCAAAAGAAUUUCACCCUUACACCAUCUAAGCAAAACACAACAGCAGGAGGGUGGGUGGCAAUGGAAUCUCUAGCAGGGAUUUGCCUACUAGAGAUUCCUCUAAAGAGAUGCUUGUCUAAAUGA